AUGGCGUUGCUGUCAUUAUCACAACAUGGAAAAUGGUUCUACUUGGUCGCAUUUAAUGUUGUUACGGUGAUAUUGUUCAUCGUGGCAAUACAGAGUAUCUUUUUUGAUAUCGAUCCAAACAUAUGUACGAUGACCUAUAUGUUGCCGGUCUACUACUCUGUCUCUACGAACCACUCGAGAUAUCAUCUCUAUCUCUAUCGAGAGUCACACUCUGUUCUACCACUCUCUUCACUCACCAAAGACAACUCUAAUCUAAACCUCGUCUCAACAACAGACUCGACUGUUGUAAACAAUCUUUUAAAUAGUAAUAAUAAUAAUAAUAAUAUAAAUAGUAAUAAUGCUGCUGCUUCAAGCAGUAGUAGUGGUGGUAGUGGAAAUAAUGGUAAUGCAAAUAAUAAUGCUGGUGUUUCUUCGACCACACUUUCGACUUUAAAUAGUAAUAGUAAUAAUAAUCAGAAUCCAAUAGGUGGAACGACACCUAAUGCACCGGCAUAUGCUGGUAAUACAAUUAGUAGGCUUGGUAAACCACUGAGGGGUGUACCUGUUCUCUUUAUACCGGGAAAUAGUGGUAGCUACAAGCAGAUAAGAUCGAUCGGUGCAGAGGCAUUUGCACAUAUCAACAGAAGAGAAUCAUCGUCGAAUCCAUUCGAAAUAGAGAAUCCAAACAAAAACAAAAAGAAAAGAAAGCCACAACAGGAGCACUACUACAACGAACUCGACAUAUUCACUCUGGACUUUGAAGAGGAACUCUCUGCAUUCGGUGGUGAUGUGAUGUUUGAUGAAGCGGAAUACGUCAACGAUUGUAUCAAAGUAAUAUUGGAUCUUUAUCACAAUCAACCGAGUGAUCCUGAUAAAGCAAAGCCAAGUUCAGUAAUAUUAAUAGGUCAUAGUAUGGGUGGAAUUGUAGCUAGAAUGAGUGUAUUACUACCAAAUCAUAUCUAUGGAAGUGUUACUACGAUAAUAACAUUGAAUACUUCACAUAGAAAUGCACCGAUCUACUCGCAUCAAUCGACAUCUCAUUUCUAUCAUGAACUGAAUCGUCACUGGAGCAAUUCAAUUCAACCAAAACACUUUGAAUUCAAUGAAAAAGGUGAACCAACAAAUCUACCUCCAAUUGUUAUUUCAAUAGGUGGUGGACACAGAGAUACUUUGAUUCGAUCGGAACUGACUUCGUUGAAUGGUAUCGUCAGUGCAGAGAGAAGUUUCUCAGCGAUUACCACCUCGAUUCCCGAUGUUUUGAUGGAGACAGAUCAUCAAUGUAUUCUUUGGUGUAAUGAGGUCGUUGUUUCGUUGGUCGAGGGUCUGCUGACACUCGCCCACCCUCUGACCAAGCAGAACACUUAUGCUCCACGUGAACGACUGGAAAUACUUCGUUCACAGCUACACAGUCACGUCCCUGAGAUUCUGGGAUUCACACCGUUCGUAGACCAACAACGAUACAUGGCAACAAUGAAGCAGACUAUCAAGAUCGACACUGAAUCACUCACCGACAUUGCCAAGAAGAUCGACUAUGAGACGUCGCCAAUGGUCACGCUACUUCACCGUCCGUCACUCGCCUAUCAAUACCAAGCGAAUCAACGUGUGACAUCGUCUUCAUCGCCCGUCGAAUCGUUUUACAUUCACUUCCGUAUCUCUGAUUGGAUACAUGGACAACAACAAGAGGAUCAAAUGCAAUCACAACAACAACAGCAACAACAAAACAUUGGUGAACCAUUCAACUUUGCAUUGACAACAAGCUUACCACUGGGAGAAUUCACUGUCGUUCUCUAUAGUCAAAACUAUUCAGUAGCAGAGGAGAUAUCGUAUAAAUCAUUUUCAUUCCCUCCACUUCCUCCCCUUACAAAAUCAAACAUUGAAUCACCAGUUACACAAUUAGUACUUCAAGCAUCUGAACUCAAAGAUUUCCACUCGAUCUUCAUUGGAUUCCCAAAGUCUGCUAGAAAACAAAAGUUUAUUGCAAUCUCUCAAUUUUACAAUACAACUGAAUCUCAAGUUAAUGUACCAUCAACCGGUAUUUUUGAUGUUGAAAAAAUAGUUCAUAAAUAUACAUUACCUGUAGGACAUUCAUUGGUUUAUAAUUUUAGUUUGCCAUUCUAUCACAAAAAGUAUCCUUUGAAAGUACGCUUGUCACCUACUCAGCCAAAGAAACAACAGAGUCACGAUCAUCAUCAAUCAAAUGUGAAACCACAAACACCAAAUGCUCCAAUUUUCUUACCAACAACCUAUCAAUAUAUUCCUGGUGUUAUGGAGGAAGGUAAAUUCGUAUACAAUUGCUCACUUACCAAAAUCAAAUUCCAUCAAUCAUCGACACCCUCAAAAAUCAAGAUAAACAAUAGUGGUAAUCAACAACCACCACCACAACAACAACAAGACAAUAAGAGAAUUGUUGUUGAAAGUGCACUGGAAAUGGAGUCCAAACAGAAUACCGAUCAAUUGCAAUUCGUUGAAAUCAAUAAUCAUGUGGUUGGCGAGACACUCGAGCACAAUAAGAUGCAUAUGCUUCUGCAGGAGAGUACAGAGUAUGAAGAGAUCAUCACUGACGAUACAAUCGAUCCUGAACUCGAUGUCUAUGAGGAUGUCUAUGUCGAAAGACCACAUUUAUUCAUGGUAUUGGAUCCCUAUAUAUCCUAUGAAGUUACAUUCACAUUUGACUUUUUCGGUUCGAUUGGAUCAAUGGUGUUCUCCUAUGCACUUUCACUAUUCCCAAGUUGCUAUGCUUUAUUCCUAUGGGUAUUUGCAUCACAAAUGAAUUCCUGGAGAAAGAAAGAUGAAUUUCCAAAUCUUUUAUUAACACUACGAGAAGAAUCAGUCAUUUUGGCACCAUUCUUUAUUUUAAUACCAUUAUUUAUUUAUGUUGUAUUUAAUUUAAUUGGGUAUACAAAUCCAUCUAUUCUAUCUAGUAGAAGUUUAAUUCCAGAUCCAUUUAUCGAUUCUUUUAUGUUGGAACAAAUUCCUCCGUUCUGGGUUAUUCCAUUCCUAUUUAUAUUCUCUGUUUGCAUUGUAAGAUCAUGA